AUGUUCAAGUGCCUCAUCUCUGCACUGAUACUAUUUUCAGCCUCAGGAUUCGUCGUGCCUGACGUGAAGCGGACAUCAUCGAAUAAUUUUCUCCUCCAUAUUUUUGACAAGCUGUUUGAGGAAGAAGGAAUGCUUGGGAAAGGCAUCACCGUCGGCAAGGUUCAAGUCGCCCUUAUGAGCCCUGAUAGAUCCGACUCUUCCAUAUUUGGUCUCUUAGAAGACUGUGCAACAGACACAGGUAAUGAACCCGAGGAGCUCUCCCGAAUGGCGAACGACGUUUGUUUGGCGUUGAUGCGAAAAUCUGACUCAUGGGUCGCCGCAUGCAGUACAGGCAAAUGGUUCAAGGGCGACGACGCAGGCAAGGCAGAGAGCUACUACAACGAGCUCACAAACACCGAAGCCAUGAAGUUUGAAAAGGAAUACAUCCCUGAUGACAUUGAUGAUGAAAGCCAAGGAUCCUCCACCAUUGUUGUUGUUAGUAUGAUUAUUGAAAUCCAAGGUGAUUCGACCAAAUUCGAUGGUGCUGGAUACUCAAUAGCUCAAACAAAAGAGGUUCUCGCAAGCAUCGCCAGUGAUGUCCUUGUUGAUGACGGCUACUGUGUGAAUGCAGUGGAAGUGCUCUGGACGCCUGGAGAGAAGGACGAAGUCAUGUCCAAGAACGAUAUGAUUCUUGACUUUCCUGAACUAAUUGACGUAUGA